AUGGAACGAGAGCUGCGUUCGAUGGAGGAGCGAUGGAUGGAGCGGACACGCAACACAAUUAAAGAGCGGGAUUCCCUUUUACAAAAACUUCAACAACUUGAAGAACAAAUGGAUUCGCUAAGAGCGGACCUUAACAGAGCUGUCGCCUACCGGCUAGAGGUGGAAGAAUCGAGAAAUCGCAUGAAAAGUCAGUUGGAAAGUGUGCAGCGCGACUACGAGGAAACUAUGGCGGAAAGGAGCAGCGUGCUGGAGGAGAACAGCAGAAUGAGCGAGGAACGAGACCGACUACGACAAACAGUGCAUGCACUUUCGCGAACCCUAAACGAACUUCGUGGUCGAGGGGUACGACAAUUUCGGGAUAUUGAAUGA